CAGACACACACUCCACACACUAAACGCAUACACACAUCUCGUGAAAAGACAGCGAGCGAUUUUAAACCCGGACGACGCACCCGCUGCUCGGCCUCGGGUUCGGUUUGGGGGUUGUUUGGGGGUGGGGGUUCGAGGCCGGACUACAUCCUCAGGUGAACUCGCACUGCAGAAUGAUUCAAUAUUUACAACUACAUAGAAGACCGCAUGUCCAGUUAUUUCUUGGCCCUGAACUGACGGCCCACAUCCAUGAAGCCUGUGUGCCUGAUAGCAUUUGAUUGACAAUGGCGGAGGAGCACAAAGCAAAACAGCAAAGUCAGAAACGGCUGAGCCAUACAUAUCGGAGUUCAACACAUUCACAGUCUCUGCUGGACGGACUGGUUGCACUCCGGAAUAGUAGCAGCUUAUUUGAUGUUUUGUUGAUAGUGGAGGGGAAGGCAAUUGAAGCUCACCGUAUACUUCUGGCAGCAUCAUGUGAUUAUUUUAGGGGAAUGUUUGCUGGUGGGCUGCGGGAGACACAAGAGAAAGAGGUUUUUUUACAUGGGGUGUCUUAUUUAGCCAUGUGCAAAAUUUUGGACUUCAUAUAUACUUCUGAGAUGGUCUUGAACCUGGAAAAUGUGCAGGACAUGCUGAUGACUGCUUGCCAAUUGCAGAUUCCAGAGGUAAUUGUAUUCUGCUGUGAUUUUCUCAUGUCCUGGAUUGAUAAUGACAACAUUUUGGCACUGUAUGAACUGGCCGAACUUUACAGUUUGACCCAAUUGAGUGACAAAAUUGAUUCAUACAUCCUUCAGAACUUUCUCUCCUUCAGUAAGACAGAGACCUACCGUCAAAUGCCUUUGAAGAAAGUCCAAACCUUAUUAAGCAGUGACAAACUUUGGAUUAAUUCAGAGAGUGAGGUCUAUGAAGCUGCUCUGCUCUAUAAUUAUACCCCUGAGGAGAUCGAAAAGGAUCAAGUAUCAUUACAAGAUCCACCAAAGUUGUUGCAGAUGGUCCGUUUUGCACUGAUUGAGCAACAGACAUUUCUGAAACUCUAUGACAAACUGAGCCCCUGUCCUCUCAAAGAGAACCUUGCAGAUGCCUUGGCCUACCACCAGAAUGAAAUACUACAGCCUGUACUUCAGAGCCCACUGACACAGUUAAGAUCAGAAUUCUGUUGUGUGGUGGGAUUUGGAGGAAUGUACUCUCAAGACGAAGACAUGAGUGAUGAGGUUAAGUUUCUGAACCCGUUGACUCAGGAAUGGAGAACUCUUACGCCGGCCCAAAUGCCAAAUAUGUCAAAUCAGGGUAUUGCUGUUUUAAAUAACUUUGCUUAUCUUGUGGGUGGUGAUAACAACACUGCAGGAUAUAGAGCAGAAGCCAGCUGCUGGAGGUAUGAUCCACGGCAUAACAAGUGGCUUCAGAUCCAGUCCCUGCAGCAGCCACACGCUGACCAUUGCAUUUGUGCAGUCGGUGAUUGCCUGUAUGCAAUCGCAGGCAGAGAUUACCACCAGGAAUUAAAUGUGGUGGAGCGCUACAACUCUAGGUUAAACACGUGGGAAUAUGUGGCGCCUUUAAAGAAAGAGGUAUAUGCACAUGCUGGAACAGUGCACGCAGGGAAGGUGUACAUAGCCUGUGGGAGGAGUGGCAGAAAUUACCUAAAGGAUCUGCUCUGUUACGACCCAGAAACAAACCAUUGGGAAUCUAAGGCUGACGCUCCUGUUGAAAGGGCCUGGCAUGGAAUGGCUACUGUUCGAGAAAAACUUUACCUCCUUGGUGGAAGCAACAAUGUCAAUGGAUACAGGCAGGAUAUCAUGCAUGUUUCCUGUUACCACACUGAGCACGACCAGUGGUUGACAAUAUCGCAGCUACCGUUUGGUCACGGGGAGCCGGGCAUCACCGUCCUGGGGGAUCGAAUCUACGUCCUCGGUGGCCGGUCUCACGAUCGCUACACACGCACUGAUUUUGUCCACAUUUACAAUGUGGAGGAGAACCGAUGGGACAGUGGACCGGACAUAGAGUGCGCCAACUCCGGGAUGUCCUGCUGUGUCCUCACACUCCCGCGGCAGCUCAUUCAGGACCGCGGCCAUCAGACGCCAAAAAAGCAGCCGGAGCGCGCGGAGCGGCAGCUUCCCUCCCUGCAGCCCGAGCCCGGCGGCCUGUCCGACUUUGAGGAGUUCAGUUCCAGUGAGGACUGAGAGGUGUUCAAAACAUACACAACGGCAUCUUAUAAUGUGGGCGAUGGGAGGGACGUUUCCAUCUCUCCAAAGUUUAUUCAUUCUGUUCAAUAUUUCUUUGUAGAAAAGGAGUCCCUGUGGGUCGGGUGUCAGAUGUUUACAAAGUGUUCAAACUGAGGUGCACAGUGCUGGUGCAGUGAGGUUGUGCCAUACAAUUGUACCCGUGAAAAAUUCCCAAAGUUCCCGACCUUAUUCCAAUCAAUCCAUCUGUGUUCUAAAGGCAAAACACUGCAGAGGCCGGAAAUCUGAAUUAAAAACCAAAGUGUCCGGGAAUACUCAGUGGGUCAGGCAGCACCUGUACCCUCAGCGGGUCAGGC